AUUGUGAAAUAUUUGAAUAAAAGUCUUCUUAUAAGAUCUUCUUUAUUCGCUCAGCUUUGUCUAUACUCUUAUCUGACUCUAUGCCAUUUAUUAAAGCUACGGAUACGGGUGAUGUGAUGUGUCUUUUCUUGGAAAAAUAUAACUACUUGUUUCAUUUAGUUGUAAAAGUAUAGUUCGCGUAAUUUUUAUAACGUGUAAUAGAUAGUUCGCUAAGUAAAUAAAGUUUUUCUAGAUUAAUUGUUUUAUUCGUAUCGCUAGACAGAGUAAAAUUGCAGAUAUAGUUACUCAUGAAACAAGUGUCGGGCUGACAAGUGUUGGAAUUGUGUCCUAUUGUUACGCUAUGGAGUCCGAGUCCGAACAUCAACCGAAGCUUAGUCCUGUUAGGGCUUUUAGACUACUACAUAGUGGUAACAUGGAUCCAGAUGAAAGUUAUACAAGCCUUUCUGAAUACCAUGAUUAUGAACCCUGCUUGGAAUUUGAUGAUUCAGAAUUAGUUCAAAAUACUGGUUUAGCACCAUUGCCCCCGGAAUUAUUAGAUUUAGCAGAUGACUUUAUAGAUGAAACACCAAGUGAUGGAACCAUCGAAGAGAACUUUGAAAAAGAACUUGGUAGUCCGAAAAUUUAUGCUGAGAUUGCAACAACUAGUCAAGAGUAUGAUUACUUUGCGGAACUUGCUAGAAAUGGUGCCAUUGAAGUAGUAGGAGAUGAUGAAAUUGGUCGCCGCAUAAUCGUUAUAUCUGCGUGCAAACUUCCCUCAAGCAAAGACUUGCACCCAGACAAAUUGUUAAGAUAUUUGAUGUGCACAUUAGAUAAAUACGUGGAACAAGAUUACAGUGUGGUAUACUUCCAUCAUGGUCUCACCAGCCAAAAUAAACCGCCUCUAUCUUGGCUGUGGAAAGCCUACAGAGCCUUUGAUAGAAAAUAUAAAAAGAAUCUCAAAGCUCUAUAUCUGGUUCACCCUACAAACUUCAUACGUAUUGUAUGGCAAAUGUUACGACCCGCCAUCAGCGUCAAAUUCGGACGGAAGAUGAUGUACGUGAACUCGUUGCAUGAGCUUCAGCAGCACUUAGGCUUAGACAAAAUACCCAUUCCAGAACAAGUAUUGGAGUACGACAACAUGUUGGAAAGCAAAAAUAGAAGCGGACGUCGCAAAGAAAAAGAUGGUGAGGCAUCACCCAAAGAUGGUGGCCAAGGUUCAGGUGCACGAAAACGGGGAUUGUUGCCGCCCGCCACCCAGCAGUUUGGAGUUUCGCUGCGAUUUAUAUAUGAUAAUAAUAAAGAUUUGGUGGGUUUGAUUCCGCCUGUAGUACGACAGUGCGUCGAGUUUCUCUCCCAGCCAGAUGCUUUGGAAACGGAGGGAAUCUUUCGACGAUCAGCUAACGUUACAGUGAUAAAGGAGUUGCUCAGGGCUUGCAACCGGGGUGAACCGAUUUCAUUCCAAAAUGAUCCACACAAUGCAGCAGUAUUAUUAAAAACUUUCCUUCGAGACCUUGAGGAACCGCUGCUGACGUUUGAUAUGUAUGAAAAGAUCAUGGACUUUCAAACUUGGUCUCCUCAGGAAAAGUCACGGAAAGUGAAGUAUUUGGUCCGAGAGGGGCUUCCUCUCGUGAAUUACAAGGUGUUGAAGUACAUCAUGCAAUUCUUGUGGAAGGUGCAAGAUAGGAGCUGCCUGAAUAAGAUGACAGCAAACAACCUGGCUGUAGUGUUUGGCCCAAAUCUCGCUUGGCCUCCAAAUGGGCAGAUGACUCUUCAGGCAAUUGCUCCUAUUAACGCAUUUACCGAUUACAUUCUGGAGAACCAGGAGUCAAUUUUCAUAAUCUAAUUAUAUUCAACCCAACCCAACGAAUCAGUUUUUAAUCGAGACCUUUACUUCGAAUUAUGAUAUGUUAAGAAUAAGUUUUAAAUUGUUUAUCGCCUCAAGGCAAUGUUUUCUCUAUCUUUUAAAUAUAUCUCGAGUGUCAAACAAUAUGAUACCCAAAUGCCAAAUGUAAUUGUACCCUUAACUUAAUCAACAUGGUUAUUAUCUUGAUGGUUUUGUGUAUUGUUUAUUGUCUAAUUAAUAUUGAUUAUGUUAUCCUUCUAGUCCAAAGUUACAUUUGAUGUUAGUAAAAAUAUUAUUGAUGUUAAUUUAAUAUAAACGAUUUUAUCAUAUGUAGAUGUAGCAAAAAUAUAUUAACAUUAUAGAAUUCUAAUAAAUAAUCGUAGGUAAAUAACAUAGUAGAUGAUCCUAAUCUGUACCUGCAAUCUACAAAGUAGUCUGUCACUUUCCAAAUCAAACUUCAUCACAAUCAAACAAACUUCAUAUUUUAAAGUGUUAAUAAUCUGUCAACACUUUCUUGAGAUUGUGUUGACAUUUGAAAUACGCAAGAAAACAUAUGGAUACAAUCAUCGCGUGUACAAAAUUGGAAUAUUGUCUUCGUACAUGCCAUUGGUGGGGAUCCCUGGUACAAAAUAAGCAGGUUUUUGGUUAUUGUUAUCGGGGAUCAGUGUUUUGUUUUGAAAGGAAAUGUUCAUGAAAUAAAUAAUUAUUUUAUUUAAAUAAUUUGUGAUUGGUAUAUUAUGUGGUCUGUGACUAAUGUUUCCUCAUUAUUUUGUCAUUACAAAGUUAUUCCAAUUAAUCACAUAUGUUAUUAGUCGCAAUAGAAAUUCCUAUAAACACAGACUUUAAUUGAAUUUGGUGCCAUAGAAGUUUUGUAAGAUUUAAUUGUAACAUUUUUCCUCAAAUAUUUUUCAUAUUCAAAUUAAAAAAAAUAUUUUUAUGUAAAGAAAUAAUCUUUACCUAUAUAUCGUUUUAAAACUAGGCCGUCUUUUUAAACCGUCUACACAUUAUUUUGUAAACUGUAAAAUGAAAUAAAGGUGUGUAUGGGUUUGUAAGAAUGUAUUCUCCGUAUGAAUCUCCAAAUUUUUAUCAUUCCACUUUUUAUAUUUUUUUAAUAUAGUCGUAUGUUCAAAUUUUAUUUUUAAGUUAUUAUAAGAAAUAUUUAUAUUGAAUUAAACUGAUAAAAAGUUACAAAUAGGGCCUAAGUCGGCGAGAUUGUGUUGAGAAACAAAAUAUCGAAAUUUAUAACUAUUCUGACAGCUAAUUAAGCUAAUGUAUGAAUCCCCUAAACAGGGUGGUAUUUUUCAUUGAUUUUUUUCACUAUAAGUAAAAAUUAAUGUCCCACCAGUUAUGAUAUCUAACAAAUAUAUCUCGAAAAAAAAUCAAAAUGUCACUAAAAUAUUGAUAUAAAAUUAUGCGAAUUAACAAGUCAAUGUCAUUACUUCAUCUUUCCAAGCUUUCUAAGACGAUUCAGUGUCGUAUAGUAAACCAGUCUGUAAACCUGUUUCUAAUGCAUAAUUUGUAUCUCAAUGUUUAAACUGAAAAAUAAUGUAAUUGUUGAAUAAUGUAUACUAAUAAAAACUAAUUAGCAAACA